AACAGCAAACUUUCUUGAGCAAUUAUUUCCACAACUUUUCUUCUAUUUUGUGGAAAUAACUAAUAAUCCAAAUUGAGUCAACUAACAUUUUAUUUACAUUAAUACUGAUCAGUUAUCCUUUUCUGUUUCGUUAAUUUAUUUAUUUAUUUUGAGAUCUUUGUGCUGUAUAUAAUGCAGUAAAUUUGGCAAUCAAUCAAACAAAUCAAUUUUCCAAAUCCCUUCAAAGCAGUGCAUAGUAACAAGAUAUAUGGAGAAUCAAAUUUUCUUAUUGAUUCUUCUCUUUCUAGUUCAAUAUUUUUCUGUUUCUAUAUCAGCUGCUUCCUCAAAUGAAACAGAUCAACAAGCUCUACUAGCUUUCAAAAAUCUUGUUACAAGUCCUAGUCAUUUAUUGGCCACUAAUUGGACCACGAAUACUUCUUUUUGCUCUUGGUUCGGUGUCGCGUGCAGUCCAAAAAGGCAAAGGGUUGUCGCCUUGGCUCUUCCUGAUAUGUAACUUCAAGGCACAAUUUCCCCAUCUUUGGCCAAUUUGUCCUUUCUAAGUGUGCUCAAUCUCGGGAACAACAGCUUCCAUGGUGGCAUCCCUUACGGACUUGGCCACUUGCCUCGCUUGCGAGUCAUUGACAUUCAGAACAAUCAGCUAGAAGGAAGUAUUCCAACUAGCCUAUUUCAAAACCAGAAAGUUCAAAAGAUUUCAUUGGCUUACAAUAGUCUUUCUGGUCCUCUCUUGCUUGAUGAAGGGAAUAUAGUGUCAAAUCUAGAGUUUUUAGGUAUAUCUCACAACAAAAUUUCUGGCCACAUUCCUUCCAGCAUUUGCCAACUCACAGAGCUCAAAGUGUUGUCCAUAUCUUUCAACAAGAUAACUGGAGAUUUACCCAAAAAUAUUAGUUGUUUAUCCACACUCGAGGGGUUUUAUGUUGGCGAAAAUCCAAUAACAGGGACUAUUCCCACUUCAUUAGCCAAUAUUUCCCGUCUGCAAAAUCUUUUUUGUGGAAACAAUCGCUUAAUGGGGAAAAUUCCUCCAGAAAUAGGGAAGCUAUCAAAUUUGAGAGAAUUAAACUUUGCCCAGAAUUAUAAUCUUAUUGGCGAGAUUCCAGAGGAUAUUUUUAAUAUAUCUUCUUUGGAAACAAUUAAUUUCAGUUCCAACAACCUCUCGCAUAGAAUUCUAACCUCUACAGGUCUUCAUCUUCCGAACCUUAAACAUCUUCACUUGUCAGACAAUCAGCUGGAAGGGGAAAUUCCAUUGUUCAUAACAAAUGCUUCCAAGCUUGAGACACUGGAUCUAGCUGGCAAUUUUCUCACAGGAACUAUUCCUAAUAAUUUGGGAAAUCUUCGUGAGCUGCGAUCACUGUUACUACAUCAUAAUCACCUUACCAAUGAACCAAGAGAGCACGAGUUGCGAUUCUUAAAUUCUUUGGUGGAUUGUAGGAUGUUGCAUUAUCUACUUUUGGGUUCCAAUCUGUUGAAUGGCGUUUUGCCCAAUUCUAUUGGGAAUCUUUCGUCUACUAUAGAAAUAUUAUAUAUAGGAGAUGCUCACCUGAAUGGCCUCAUCCCCCCAGGUAUAGGCAACAUGAGUGGCCUUAAUACCCUAGUCCUACAAUUUAACAAUUUGAUGGGAAAUUUCUACCGAACAACAAAUUUCAGGGACAUAUUCCAGAGGCAGUAUGCCAUUUAUCUAAUUUGGUUCAAUUAAGUCUAGGUGAUAAUGAGCUCGUGGGGUUAAUUCCAGCAUGUAUAGGA